GUCCACCUCAGGCACUGGGGCUGUUGGGUAUGCAGCCUUAAAAGGUUGUGUUUCUGCUGCCAUCCCUCUCUCCCUCUUUCUCUCUCUCUCUCUGUCUAUUUCUCACUCACACUCAGACACUACCUCUGUUUUGUCUGUGUGUCUGUAUCAUUCACUAUCUCUGUUCUGUCCAUCUGUAUUCCAUUAUCAAUUCGUUAUCAUAAUUGUUUUCAAAGGACAAGGCAAAAUGUUGGAGGAGUGUCUCAUUCACUGCCUCUCACAUCCAGCACAGGGAAUAACCUUAUGCUAUUUGAGAGAGAAGCUGGUUAGCGCUGGUAGUUUUGAGAACAUAAUAAAGCUAUUUAUGCAGUGGGUCUAGCCUCUUACAAUCACCCUGCUGUCUGAGGCUAGUUGAGGUGUGUAUGUGUGUGUGUGUGUGUGUGUGUGUGUGUCAGUGUGUUUGUGUGUGUAAGAGAGAGAGAGAGAGAGAGGAGAGAGGAGACAGCGAGGCUCAGGGUAGGCGAGGGAGGCCCGAGGAGGGGUCAGACUUACAUAAACUCUCAGCCUGUCUGCCAGUAACAGAGAACUAACACAGCUUAGGGCAGCGAGCAGGGAGGGAGGAGGAAUAGUCAUGACCCAGCUAAGUAGUUUACACAGUAAUGGCCCAGAAUGAAGAUUGCACUAAUGUAUGACGCCAUUUCGUUGUCAUACUGGCUUAUGGUUGGUGUAGUGAGUUUUAAGAGAACCACCCAAAGAGGAUAGGUUUCUUCUAGAUGUGUGAUGGUGUGGUUGUGGUUGGCAGCUGUCUCUUUUUCCUGUCAUUGUCCUCACAUGUCACAUGACAGACAGGGUGGCUUUCACACAUGCCAUGAGGGCGAGUCACCAAGCUGACAUUAGGGACUGGGAGGUUCCUGGAGGACCAAACAUGGGCAUGUGGGCACUGUACGAUCAGGUUGGGACUGAGCCUAGACUCUCUAUCUUUUGGUUAUCCCUGUAAAACUUUGAAUCCUGAGAAGUUACUAAGACACCAAAGUGGUUGUUUUGCAUGUUUUUGCCCAUUAAAUGCAAGCCUGUACUGUACAUUACUGCUUACCAUUUCCCCAAGAAUACCAUACGUUUUUGGACUGAUUUCCUAACUUCCAGGCAGUCAGUGGUUUAUAUUGGUUUUAAUAGAGUGUAAAAAUCAUCUUGCUGAGACUUUUCUGAGAUAGGUAAUCUAUCAAACUGAACAUUUAGCCUCCUUUAUUUGUGCAUCAAAGUUACUGAUGGAUGUCAACCUUUUUGUCUUGUGGUUAUACAGUGAGCAGGCUAUGUUUUGAAGACAGUGUUUAGUGAAAGAGUUAAAUUAGGGAGGCUCUGACAUCUGAUAUUUUAGACUGCCAAAAAGCAUUGCACUCAAAAUCUUUGUUGUCUUGAAAUCAAACUCAAAAGACAAACAAUGACAGUGUAAAAAGAAUAACAGGAACUUGGUGGUUUCUUGCGUGAAAUAGGUUGCCGUUCACCUUUUGAGGAUUACCCGACGGCAACAACAGGGAAUAAUUUACAGAACAGUCUCUCCUCAGAAGAGAGAAUGUGAAAAUAAUGUGACUUCAACAUAAAAAUCAAGCCGACUAAGGACUAAAGUUCCUUUUCAAUACUGCACUUGAUGAAUGAAAAUGGAUUACUUCCAGGAAGGUUGGAAAUCAAUCUGAAAUAUAGUAAGCUUUGGAAAAUUGCUGGCAGUAUAAAGUUGGCCGUGUAGUAUAAGUGAUGUGGAGUUCAUAAGCUUAAACAUGCAGAACAAACUGUUAUGGUUCUUUAAGUAUUUUUCAUAUUUAACCACCAUGGGACUUGCAGAACCUACAUCAAUAACUCUAAUGAGUCAGCUUUGAAACACUGUGGUUUCAGAUUGAUAAACUUUACGGCUAAAGAGAGGGUUUGUAGAAACAAACCUUUUCAUUUUUAUUUAAUCUAGCAAAUGCAGAAGAAAAAUGACUAACCAUUGACUUAGAACUUAGGGUUGGACACUGUUUAUGUGCAGUCUUACACUGAAAUACCGCUGUGGAUUAUGAUUAUUCAAUCACACUGUAAUCACGGGGCAGCAUGGUGGUACAGUGUUUAGCACUUUCGCCUCACAGCGAGAAGGUUCUGGGUUUGAACCUGCCGGCUGAUGCAUGGGUUUUCCCUGAGUUUUCUGUUUUUCUCCCACAUGCAGGUUAGGUUAAUUGUGGACUCCAAAUUGUGUAUGUGUCCCCUGUGAUUGGCUGGCGACCUGUCCUGUACCCCACCGCUUGCCCAAUGUCAGCUGGGAUCCUCUAAAAGGAUAAGCGGACUGUCCCUGGCUUCGCUGUGUUCCUGUGGGACAACCAACCCAACCCCAGUAGCUGAUUGACAACAACCAACCAGCCCGACAGAUUACUGUUCUCUAUCUUCCCAUUGGCUGGCUGCCACAGCUUCCCCCAUCCUGACUGGCUCUGGCUGGAGCGUGGAUGGAGCCAAGGGAUCUGGUUGGCUCGGCCCGACCCAAAGAGGCGGAGUUACAGGGAGGCAGGGUGGGGCCAAAUGAAGAGGACCAGGAAGGAGCAGGGGGCAUCAGUUUGGCGCGCAGUGAUGAUGUGAUUAACGGUGCCAUCAGCGAAGGGGAGGGGCUAGAGGAGCAGGUAGAGGGGCUUCUGGAGGAGCAGGAGUUCUCCAUCAAGGAAGCAAGUUUCCAGGAAGGAAGUCUAAAGCUGAAGAUUCAGACCACCAAGCGCACCAAGAAGCCCCCCAAGAACCUUGAGAACUACAUUUGUCCACCGGAGAUCAGGAUGACCAUCAGACCUCCGGUUGGAGAGGGCAAAGGGGGGCGGCAGGGACGGACAGGAGGCGGGGCAGGGCGGGGCCAGAAAGACGAAGAACGAGGACCCCCCAGAAAAAGGACAUACGAGCGCCAGUUCAGAAUGCCUGAGCAGAGAGAGGGAGGCCUGCUGCAACUACUGGGAGAUCACACUCUGCCCAAACACCAGCUUCGCAGCUCCCUCCCUCCUGCACACACACUCUCACACACACAGCAAACACAGCACAUCCUCAUGCAACAAUUCCAGCACCCUCAUGCACAUCAGCACCAAAUCAAUCCGGACUGGAUCACGCCUGCAGCACCUUCUGCAUCCCCGGCCAAUCGUGCAGAUUCUGAGCCAGCGAGAGAACUGGCAGGAGCCAGUAGGAGCUCUUUGCUUGAUCCAGCCCAACCUUUCUCACGAACAGCGACACAAAGCCCCUCACCUCAGAGAUCCCUGACUCCAGACCUGCAGUUGCCAGUGGUUACAGAUGCCAGUAUUCUCAACCUAACCUCUCUCAGCAGGGGGAGGGGUUUGCAAGAGGUCAGUGAACAGCUCUUUGGGAACAUCAAGAGGAAGUACGGCAGGAAGGACUCCCAGAGAAUGCUCUGUAAUCCCCACAGUACUGAUACACCUUGGGGAAGACAGCCAGAGAAAGGAUCGGAAAGCCCAACUAAUUCAGAGUACAGGCAAGAGGAGACAGCUCAGCGGUUUCAUGAAGAGAGAGAGGAAAGGAGAAAAGAGGAAAGAGAGCGAGCGAUUGCUGGGAGGAGAAAUGAUGAAGAAGACGGAGGGAUGCCCAUGCUGACAGAGGAAGGGAAAGGAAGAAAGAGGCGGAGGAGGCCUUCUUUUGAUGAGUCAUUUUGUGUAGAUGAGGAAAUACAGCAACGGCAGGACUCUGACACUACAGAGAAGCUCCAGCCUGGGCCCCCAGAACCCAAAGUAGCACAUAAGAUGGAGACUCACAAAAAUGAAUCUCGACUCACAAGUCACGCUGAUGUCAGUAGAGAGAGGAUAGAAAAAGCAGAGAGAGCAGAUAAAGGCGAUAAAAGAGAAAAAGGAGACCGGGCAGAAAGAGGAGAGAUAGUUAUAAGCGGGUCUGACUUAAUGUCAGUUUUGAGUGCAAAUAGAAUGAAAAAGAACCCAGUGGGUCGUCCUAAGAUCAGCACAGACGCCCUUAAACACAGAGAGCCUACUCACAAUCACAUCAACAAAGCCAAUCUUAACACAAACCCCAGACUCCCUAGCCCAAACCCCAGGCCCAGGGGCAGCAUCAGUCCUAGCCCGAGCCCUAAACCCAGGGCUAACAUUAGCCCCAGUCUCAGCCCCAGACCCAGGGUGGCCCUGAGUCCCAGCCCCAGCCACAGCACCAGCUCCACAGCCAGUUCCAGACCAACCAAGGCCAAGGACAGAUGGUCCUACCUGAAAGCUAAAAGCCAUGCCAGCCUCACGUCACCCCAGAGAGACAACCGGGGUAGCCCCUCGACCUUAGCUGACCCACCCUCUGCCUUCCCCAUCACCCCCUCCAGCCCCCUCUACACCAACACUGACAGCCUGACCGUUCACACACCCAUUAAGAGGAAACGAGGACGCCCCAAAAAACAGCCACUCCUUACAGUGGAGACCAUCCACGAGGGUACCUCCACCUCACCUCCAAGCCCACUGGCACAGGAUACCGCUGCAGGGCUAAACCGUAGGAGGAAGACACACACACUAAACACAUUAGUGCAAAUGGCCUCCACGACCACCACCGCCAAUUCUAAUAAUCUGAAACUAAAGCGUGGCAGGGGCCCUUCCAGGCCAGUGAAUAAGAUCAAGCUUGGGAAAAUGCAGAGCAUCCUGAAUGAGAUCCUUUCAGGUUCCAGUCAGAACGGCGCUCUGGCUCUGAAGUCAUCUUCAGCCCCUGUUUCCUCAGCUAUGAGUGCCAUGGCGUCCACCAUUGAGGCUCGGCUGGGAAAACAGAUAAAUGUCAGCAAGAGAGGAACCAUCUACAUUGGUAAGAAGAGAGGGCGGAAACCCAGAGCAGAAACCCAAGGCUUAAACCCUCCCAAAACCACUAGGGACAAGCCCCUCAUGUCUGUCUCCACAUCCAGUCUCUAUGAGAGCCCUGUAGUGCCUUCUGCCACCUUGUCUCCCAGCUCCAGCGCUCCAUCCAUAAGAAACAGCCACUCUGAUGCCACUAUGCCCAGUUUGCAGCCCAUCUCAGCCCUGCCCUCCAAGCCCACAGGCAGGAGCUUCCUCUCUGGGGGAUGGAAACUGUCUCCUCCACGCCUUCUGGCUAAUUCCCCUUCCCACCUGUCAGAGGGGGCAUCAGUGAAGGAAGUGACCCUGUCCCCCAUCAGCGAGUCCCACAGUGAGGAGACUAUUCCAAGUGACAGUGGGAUUGGGACAGACAACAACAGCACCUCAGAUCAAACUGAGAAGGGCCCCGCCUCCCGACGCAGGUAUUCAUUUGAUCUGUGUGGGUUUGAGGCUGCGGAGGCAGCAGCCCUGGAAGCAUCCAACAGGGGCAGCAGAGCACGCUGUGAACGGCAAGUAACUGCUGUUGACAACUUCCUGUCACAGCAGGAAAAGAAGCAAAAACAUCAUCGACGGAAGAGGAAGUGCCUACAGAGCCGGGAUCAUCUUCACUUUCUUUCUGAACUGGAGGAGGUUGUGUUAAAGCUCCAGCAGCUACGAGUGUCUCACAGACGAUACACCUGCUACCCCCAGCAACCAUAUCCCUCCAUUUUCCGCCUCAACUUUCAUCAUUACUAUCCUGUUACCUACGACUCUUACCCCUGUGACUCCAGCUCGUACCUCCGCAGGAGCGCCGAUCUGAAGGCUAAGAGGAGACGCGGCCGUCCAGCCAAACCCAGCGAGCCAAUCACAUCGAAGCUGCCUUUUGUUCAAGGAUAUGGUUAUCCGCUGGCAGGGGGAAAUUACUAUGCAGCACCGUAUGCGAUGCCUUACGCACCUCCUCUGAGUUUGGGCUACUUUCCCCCUGCUCCCCCAUUUUAUCUGCCCCACCACUCACUAGGACCUGCACCUCCAUCUCCCUUCAUGAGGCCUGCUGUACCCCCUCCCAAGGCUUUCCACUCCAGUGGACACUCAAAGCUCCAGCCAGGGGCCAAGCUUCGCGGCGGCAGUGGCCCACUUCAGGGGCCCUCUGUAAGAGGAGAGGGCCUGGGAUCCCUGGGUGGUGGCAGUGCAGGUGGUCUUGCAGGGGUUCGUCUCCAUAAGAGGAAGCACAAGCACAAACAUAAGCACAAGGAUGAACCCCUCCUUUCACUGCGAGACCGGCAGGAAUUGGGUGGGCUCUUCAGCGGCGCAAAGACCAAUGCACGUCUCAGCAUGCUGAGUGACAGGAGGGACAUGGCCAGUCAGGGCUCUUCAAAACAUCUGGAGAAGCAGAGGGGCAGUGGUAGAGGCUCAAGCCUGGGAUCCAGCUUAGGGAUGUUUGAGUCGGACCAGCUGUCCACACACUCGCUUGCUGACAGCCAGUUCCACUCCCGUCAGACUCGACAGCCAAUAAACAGCUUCAUGAGCAGCUACAGUAGCCAAUCGCAGCGGUCGGAAUCAGCUUCUGACCUGUUUUUGGGGUCACGGGAGGACGACUGUGGAGGGAGGAGCAGGAAGACGAGGCUCACUGUGUUUGGAGAUCAGGGCUUAAUGUCAUUCCAAACUGCCAGGCAGGAGCCAGGACAGAUGAACAACUGCUCCAGUUCCUCCCUCACUGAUGUUCCCAGUAAGCGGAGAUAUAAGCGACGCGAGGUGGAACAGAUCCAGAAGGACGUGAGGAGGAUGCAUUCUUUGAACUUUGAGCAUGUGCAGAAGAUCCUCCGUGCCAAGCGCCUGCAGCGACAAGCCAAAACAGGAAACAAUGUCAUUAAAAGACGGCCUGGGCGGCCCCGAAAACAACCCAUAGUGGAAUCAGAGCCGACUAAUAGGAUGGCGAAUGAUCGGGCUGAUGGUCGAGGUUUGGACAUAUUUGCCGGUAGGAGAGGUGAUGGGAGGACUCAGGGGAUGCCUGUCCUGGAGAGGUGUGAUGACCUGCCAGGUAGGCAGAGCCUGAGGCAAAGCUUGACCCCCGAGCAUCUGGAGUUCUCAAAUCAUGAUUCCAUCUCAGCAACAAUUGAGACUGUGGUGCAUCAAGCGCGAUCUGUGCCUCCACUGGCCAAAGGGGGGAAACGCAGAGGCAGGGGCAACAGCAGGGACCAGUUAUGGGCUCCUUCCAGUCAGUAGACCUGCAGGAGAGAGCAACUCUGUAACUGAACGGAAGCAGUUGUUGGAGUCAGUGCUGUUUCAGAUGCAGUGCCCUUAUUUCUGGGACUCCUUGGUGCACUUUGACUUGUUUCUCCUCUCUGAUUAGUGAGGACUACAGAGGGUCAGUGGAGGAGCAGGAGGAGGGAGCACUUCCACUUGCUAAACCCAACCAGACAUGAGCCUUUUAAGGAUUCAUUGGACCUUCAUUUACAAUGGCACUAUAUGGUACUAUUUGAUACUGAAUCUGAUGCUAUAAAAGUGUGUGGUACUUAGUGUAGGAUAUUAUGUGAUUCUUUAUGUAUCUGAUACAGUGAUGUGUAUUGUAUUUUAUGAUACUGUAUCUGAAUGUGGCUUUAGCCAUAUAUUUACCAGCAAAGGGAGGGGUAAUGGUUAAUAUUAAACUGUGCAGCUCUGCUUAUUUUUGCCUUUCUGAGGAAGCUUGUCAAAGACAUGUGGGAUAAAACAGCAGUAAUUCAGCCACCUUACCCUAUUACUUACUCUCACCCUUAUCUGUACCUUCCUUGUUUUUUGUUCUCUCCGAGGAGUAACUGAUACUUGCUGGCAGCUCCUUAUCCCUGGUCCCCCUCCCCGCUUGACACUCACCCCAAUUUUUUAGCCCUCCCUGGUGCCUGCCGCUCAACUUCACCUCCCUUUGUCCUCUCAUCUACUCCCAAUCAUGUUUUACAUUUCCCAUUGCUUGUGCUCCCUAAACCUAUACCCCCUGUUUCAUUUAAUUCUCCCUCCCUGCUCAGGCCUGUCCUGUGCAGUGACAUAGAGGCAAUAUGGUGGAUGAGACUGUCCCAGACUGUACAUAGAAACCCAGUCCACUGUUGCCUGCCUUGUACAAUGAGAAACCAGCUCGUAGACAUGUACUGGCAUACAGUAUAUCAAAUAGAAUUGUUGUACCAUAGACAAUGAAAGUUGUGUAUUGUUUUAUAACCAAAAACAGACAUGGGUGCGACUCAAGACAAGUUUGUUUUCAGACAGAAAGAACCACAUAUAUUCAUUCAUACACUCAUUAUUGUGUUUAUAUCCAGCGGGCAUUGCAUUGCAUACAGGAGGAAUAUCAGGUGUGUUUUUGGUAAAACUUAAAAUUGGUUUAUUGCACUAUGAAAAACCAUAAACUUGCAUCAAUCAAAUGCAGCACUUACAUGCUUGUUCCAGCCUUAUGUUUUGGCCUUCGAUGGUGUGGAUAUCCAUUCCAGAGAGCAUGCAUUAUUUUAAUCAAUUUGUAUAUGCAGGCUGCGCAGCCAAAAGCGUCAAACUGAAGCCCAAGCCUGAAUCGUGAUUGGACAGUUCAGCUGAAGAAGAGGGCUCACAGUCAGUGUUUUAAAAAGCCAAUCCCAGUCUUUCUACUUAACAUGAUUUUUAAUCCAUAUCCUUGGAAAUAUUUUUUUGAAAGUAAAUCCAGUAUUUAGAUUUAGAAACCAAAGUCUCAGUAUUCAGUGUAAGGAUGUAUUAUUUAAAAGAAUCUAAAUCAGAGUUUGACAAACUCUCCACCAUGUUGGCACCAAUGUAAAGCAUCCCUAUGUGCACUCUAGAAUGUAGCCAUCUUGGAUUUGUUUGUGUCAAUAUGUCAAGCCUUUGUUAAACUCUAUCUACAGUAUCUGUGGCUUUGGGUAGUGGUUGGUAUUUUCUCAAAUACGUAUUUCAGAAUAUAAGCAAUGGAUCAGUGUUUCUUUGACAACUUUGUUAAAGUUUUGUUUCAGGAAAUUCAGUUUUCUUUGGGUUGGGUGGGAUUCUCAGUUGCAGCAGUUCAACUUGUGCCUUAUGUUUCUUUCUCUCACCAAUUACAUUUGACCUGAGAAAUAUCAAGUGGCAGAGAACUCCCCAGAAAUUGACCCAAAAUAUUCAUGAUGGUUCAUAUGACGCAUGUGUCUUAGUCAUCAGAACCCUGACACUGCCCGUGUCCCUUCACAGCUUCCAUAGUCAGCAUUCUCUGUCACCGGGCACUGAGUCUGUCUCCCAGCUUCCUCCUAGUUUUCUGACCCAUACCAUCAUAACCGAACUAGAAGGGCUGGGCUGAUGAAUAUAAUGUGAUAUUACUGUAUUGAAUACACACCAUGUAGUGGCCUACAUACUGCUUUACAGCAGUGGUGGAAACAGGAUGGUCCACUGUAUCAGAUGUGUUUCUAUUCAGAGAUAUUGAUUAAACUCAAUGUCCCACAUAUAAUUGAGAAUCAUUUACUCUGCCCAGUAUUUAACCAGUUAUUUAAAACAGAUAACUGGUUAUGCACUUGGCGAAGGAGGAUGUCAGAGGUGGUUGUCAUGAAACCACAUUCUCCUACAUUGCUGUUUGCUAUGCAUCAGGCCAUGCCUGGCAAUGACCUUAAAAGGAAUUUCUGUUCUGGGUCCACCCUUCGACAAAGAGAAAUAAGUGGUCUUAUUUACUGAAUAAAAUGAAUUAAUGUUACAAGAAUUGUGAAUAAUACCAGUAAUAAUUUGUAAUAAGUUGUGCAGAAAGUGACUAUCAUUUCAUGAAAACUAUAGUUACUGCAGCUCUAUGCAGUACAGCCUUAACCAGAUGUAAAACUACAGUAUUGAAGUGUUUGUUGUAAAUAGUGUUAGUAUGUCCAUCCUGCAUGGAUACUGGUUGGGCUCGGCUAUGCUGGGACUGUCUCCUAAAACCACAGUAGAUCUUCUCUCUCUAUUAAGACUGCUCAAGACCCAGGAAAACAUACAGAAAUGGUUAUUCUAAUUGAUUUUCCUAUUCGACAAAUUCUGCUGUACAUUGACAGUCAUCGUUCCAGUCCGUUAAAUUACACAGAAUGCUAAAAUAAUUUGCCUUAUCACACCUUAAAAAAGUUCUUGGAGGAUAAACACCCCACUGUAGUGUACUUGACCAAAAAUAGGAAUCCCCGCUGACUUGCAGCUUUUUUGCCUGCAGCCAGUUGGGCCAGUGCAGUAGCAUGAAGAGUAAGCAAGAGUGUUGUGUGUGGGGGGAGUUCUCAGAGGAAAUAGCCAAAAAUACAGUCGUCCUAAAGUUAGUGUGCUUAACCUUGCUUUGCUAGAUGACUUUUGGUGGGUCUGCAGUCGGUUGUGGUGAAGAUGAGGUCUAGAUUUGUGGUCUGUGAGGUGUAGAGACUACAUGCUUGGCAGCUUACUCCAUACUGUGGUCAGCAGUUUCUGAUGUUAGAGUUCAAGACCCCAGGUGUUGUCUGUCCUGUCUGUCUCUCCUACCAGCCAAUGCUCCGGUGCCUUCUAACACUGACAAGUAUUGUCCCAAUCCAGAGCUUUCACUCUAUACAGAGACUGCAGAGGGGAUGUGGCUGUGAAUAGGGUUCAAGGUCACUGUUGUUGUAUUUAACAGCUAAUCUGGACCAGUGGCUACAGGAGGCCCCUAAGCACUGAUGUAAGGAUCUUUACCUUGUCUUUGGUCCUAGCAUCAAGGGCAGCGCAGUUUGACCUUAAAUCAGUGGUUGGGAUGUAUUUACUGAAGUCAACACUUAGCAGUUCACUACAGCGACUAGAAUGGGAUAUAACGGCACCUACAUUUCUAUCACCCCCUAUUCCCUUUGUAGCAUGCUGUGAUGAGUGUCCUACACAUGGAGUGAGGUGUCACGUGAGACAGAACCUCAUAAAUGUACAUGUAGUCAUCCUCACAGCAUACGUUACAGUUCUAAGCUAUAAUGUUGUUCAAAGCUGAAAGUGCAGAUGAAGCAUUGAGAAAACCAAUAAAUGUACUUGUUUAGAGCACAAAGUGAGCUCUUCUAACAGUGUGGGCAUAUUUUAGUUUGUAUACAUAGUGUAUUUCAACCUUUUUCUAGAGUGGGUUUCCUUUAUUUGCAUGCUCACCUUGAUUGUAUGCAUAAAUAUUUUAGACAAGCCGAAAGUUGAAUUUCAAUUGAAUUUUGAGCAAGACUUGUACAUUGUUUGAUAUGUUUCUUUUUGUAAUGGAUUUUUUAAUUCAUGAAGCAUUUUUGUACAUUGUAUGAAUAUUAAAAACUGCAAAUAUUUGACAUAUAGAGUAAAUACUAGAUGCGCAUGCAUAUGCAUAUAUCCUUCACCGUAUGUAUGUGUAAAUGUACACAUAUAUUUUGUAUUUGCAUUUGCUGGCAUACAGAUAUAUGUCUUAAGCACAUAUAUACAUGCAAUAUAUAUGUAUAUCCAUGUCCGCUGGCAUGCUUUUGGUCAUGUUUAUCUUUCAUGAUCUUGUAGGUUCAUAUUUUGUUUUGUUUUAUUUCUCUUUCCUCAGAAAGAAAAGCUCAUUCUUUUGCUACCCUUCUGUUGGCUGGCAGCGUUGAGCACUUAUUAAGAAGAACUACAGUUGAAGUUGUUCAUGUUAUCCAUUGUGUGAAAUAAUAAAUGACUUUAUUGACAGCU